GACCUCAGAACAUGCACCAACAUCUCACCAUCAUAAAUACCCUUCUCCAUCCCUCCCCGCCACUGCCUCCUCACAACCAUAUUAACCUCCCUACAAAUAGCCUCCAGUCCAAGAAACCAAGGGGCAUACAAAGCAGCAGCAGGAAGCAAUGGAGAUAGAGUCGGUCAAGUGUGAGUGCUGCGGCCUGAGGGAGGACUGCACCCUGGACUACAUUGCCAGCGUGAGAGCAAGCUUCCACGGCCAAUGGCUGUGUGGGCUGUGCUGUGAGGCAGUCAGGGAUGAGGCGUGCAGGAAGAAGGCUCAGCCGGGCGUGGAGGAGGCUGUGAGGGCUCACAUGGCGUUCUGCAAGAUGUUCAAGUCGAAUCCCGCUGUCCGGGUGGCCGACGGCAUGCGGCAGAUGCUCCGGAGGCGGUCCGGUGACAUGUCGAAGCCGGAAUCAGCAAAGAAGUACAGCACCUCGCAGGUUGGAGAUGAAUCAUCGGUGACACUCUACUGAAGAGUUCAUCCAUCCUAAGGCUUGUAGACCGUCUAGCCCUCUCCUCAGGCUGAAAUCCCUUCCACCUUUUGUCAGUUUGCUGUAUGUUCUCAUCAUGCCAUCUUCGAUUGUACAUAAGAUUCAUGAGAAUAGAUGCUAGUAUUGUCUGGCUUUUUGAUGAA